AUGACAAUUUGCUGCAUUAUAUGCACCAAUGAGAAAUGUGAGCCCUUAAAGCUUAAGCUUUCAGAGCAGGUACCCCUGUUGAGGCACAGAAGGUACCCUGUGAUAGCUGUGAGGACCUGUGAUCGCUUGUCACCUUCCUGCAUUGUUCUUGUUCUUCAGGAUGAACAAGGGUACCUUGGGCUUUGGCAGCAGCUCCUCCGGCCAGGCUGGUGGCUUCUCCUUCAGCAACACCCCCGCCCCGGCCCGACCCUGGCCCCAGGCACAGCCUCCACCACCGUCGGCUUCUCUCUCUCUGUCGCGCCUCCCGCACAAACAGCUGCUUCAACUGGCUUCAGUUUUUGCAACAUUCCAGCCCAGACAGCAGGCGGGGGCUUUAGUCUCACUAACAGCUCCGCGGUCCAGGCUACACCGUCCACUGGGUUUGGCUUCACCGCGGUGCCGGCCGGCACAGCACAGACCACAGCAAACGCAUUCAGCUUCGGAGCCAGCGGAGCAGCACCAGCAACAAGCAGCUUCAGCUGUGGAGCGUCUGUGCCAACCACAGCCACAGUAAAGCCGACUGGCACACAGCCUGCAGGCUUCAGUUUUGGAGCAGCGAUGGCUGCACCAGCAUCCACUGUGGUGACAGCUCCCACAUCCCAGGGCUUGGGCUUUACCACAAAGUCACCAGCUCCAGCUGCUGUGGCCUCAGGUCUCCCGCUCUUGGCCUCUGUGCUCCCGGCCUCGGCCACAACUGGCUUCUCACUGACGACACCUGCGGCUCCCACACUAUCUGCUGGCUUUGGGUUUAAGCCGACGGCUACAGCGCUGACCGUGACCACAGCAACCAGCACAGCUCCCACGGCAGCUGCUGCUGCCACCAGUGGCUUCUCUCUGGGUGUGAAGACACCGGCCAGCUUCUCACUAGCAGCGUCUGCUGCCCCAACUGUGACCACAAGCACCCUGACACCAGCCUCUGUGUCUACAGCCUGUGCCACCACCACAGCCACCAGCAGCAGUAGGACAGUGUUACAGAAACAGAUGAACAAGGGUACCUUGGGCUUUGGCAGCAGCUCCUCCGGCCAGGCUGGUGGCUUCUCCUUCAGCAACACCCCCGCCCCGGCCCCGACCCUGGCCCCAGGCACAGCCUCCACCACCGUCGGCUUCUCUCUCUCUGUCGCGCCUCCCGCACAAACAGCUGCUUCAACUGGCUUCAGUUUUUGCAACAUUCCAGCCCAGACAGCAGGCGGGGGCUUUAGUCUCACUAACAGCUCCGCGGUCCAGGCUACACCGUCCACUGGGUUUGGCUUCACCGCGGUGCCGGCCGGCACAGCACAGACCACAGCAAACGCAUUCAGCUUCGGAGCCAGCGGAGCAGCACCAGCAACAAGCAGCUUCAGCUGUGGAGCGUCUGUGCCAACCACAGCCACAGUAAAGCCGACUGGCACACAGCCUGCAGGCUUCAGUUUUGGAGCAGCGAUGGCUGCACCAGCAUCCACUGUGGUGACAGCUCCCACAUCCCAGGGCUUGGGCUUUACCACAAAGUCACCAGCUCCAGCUGCUGUGGCCUCAGGUCUCCCGCUCUUGGCCUCUGUGCUCCCGGCCUCGGCCACAACUGGCUUCUCACUGACGACACCUGCGGCUCCCACACUAUCUGCUGGCUUUGGGUUUAAGCCGACGGCUACAGCGCUGACCGUGACCACAGCAACCAGCACAGCUCCCACGGCAGCUGCUGCUGCCACCAGUGGCUUCUCUCUGGGUGUGAAGACACCGGCCAGCUUCUCACUAGCAGCGUCUGCUGCCCCAACUGUGACCACAAGCACCCUGACACCAGCCUCUGUGUCUACAGCCUGUGCCACCACCACAGCCACCAGCAGCAGCUCACCGCCGGUGAUGUCCUACACCCAGCUGGAGAGUCUGAUCAACAAAUGGAGUGUGGAGCUGGAGGAUCAGGAGAAGCACUUCCUGCAGCAGGCCACACAGGUCAAUGCCUGGGAUCGCAUGCUGAUCGAGAACGGGGAGAAGAUCACAGCCUUGCACCGGCAAGUGGAGAAAGUCAAACUGGAUCAGAAGAGGCUGGACCAGGAGCUGGAUUUCAUUCUGUCGCAGCAGAAGGAGCUGGAGGACCUGUUGGUGCCGCUGGAGGAAUCGGUCAAGGACCAGAACGGCACCAUCUACCUGCAGCACGCCGACGAGGAGCGAGAGCGCACGUAUAAACUGGCAGAGAAUAUUGACGCUCAACUGAAGAGAAUGGCUCAGGACCUGAAGGAGAUUAUCCAGCACCUGAACACCUCCAGCGGCUGCUCUGAGAUCAGUGAUCCUCUGCAACAAAUCUGCAAAAUCCUGAAUGCGCACAUGGACUCCUUACACUGGAUUGACCAGAACUCGGUUCUGCUCCAGAAGAAAGUCGAGGACGUCUCAAAGCAGUGUGACGGGCGCCGCAAGGAGCAGGAGAGGAACUUCACCAUCUCCUUUGACUGAUCACCUCUCAACCUGCGAACGGCUUUUUAUAUUCAAUAAAAACUCUCACAUUUACCACA